AUGGAUCCCAACAACAACAACAAUCGCCUCUAUCUCAACUUUGGCAACGGCAACGACCGUUUGACCGCCUCGGACAGGGCAGCAUAUCCCACUACGCCUUCGACCUUCCCGCAGCCCGUUUUCCCUUCAGCUUCAGGUCAACAGCCUGGUGGAUUGCAACCCCAAGGUCAACAGCAGCAGCAGCAGCAAUAUGCUGGUGGUUAUGCGCCCCAGGGUUACUUUAAUCAGAACCAAUAUGCCCAGUAUGGCGGCCAGCAACAGCAGCAGUCCAAUGACUAUGCUCAGGGUGCUGGGUAUCAACCACGAUCCAAUACCCCGGGCACCAACGACCCCAACACAGGUCUCGCUCACCAGUUCUCUCACCAGAACCUCGGAGGUGCUGCUCGAGGGCAAGGUUAUGCUCGAGGUCCCUCUCCGGGUCAGCGUCCAAGGACCGCUGGUAGUACAGGACAGCAGCCUGGCUACAACAGCUACAUGAACGCCCCUCCUAUGCCUACACAGGCCUCUGCCCCCGCAGAAGAAUUCCAACGUGCACCCGAGCGAAACCCUGAUCGAUAUGGUACAAAUGCCAAUAGCAACCAAAAGAAGUGUUCUCAGCUCGCCGCCGACUUUUUUAAGGAUAGUGUCAAGCGUGCCCGCGAGCGCAACCAAAGACAAAGUGAAUUGGAGCAGAAGCUUCAGGACCCCUCACAGGGCGCCGCUAGACGUGAGCAGCUCUGGUCCACUGCUGGCAGAAAAGAAGGCCAGUAUCUGCGUUUCCUUCGUACCAAGGACAAGCCCGAAAACUAUAAUACUGUAAAGAUUAUCGGAAAGGGUGCCUUUGGAGAGGUCAAGCUUGUGCAGAAGAAGGGUGAUGGCAAGGUCUAUGCUAUGAAGUCUCUGAUAAAGACAGAAAUGUUCAAGAAGGACCAGCUUGCACACGUUCGAUCAGAGCGAGACAUUCUCGCAGAGUCCGACAGUCCAUGGGUCGUCAAGCUCUACACCACCUUCCAGGACUCAUACUUCCUUUACAUGCUAAUGGAGUUCUUGCCCGGUGGAGAUCUAAUGACAAUGCUUAUCAAGUAUGAAAUUUUCUCGGAGGAUAUCACUCGCUUUUAUAUUGCGGAGAUUGUUCUCGCUAUUGAGGCUGUCCACAAGUUGGGCUUCAUCCACCGUGAUAUCAAGCCUGACAACAUUCUCCUCGAUCGCGGAGGACAUGUCAAACUCACAGAUUUUGGCCUGUCAACAGGCUUCCACAGGCUUCAUGAUAAUAACUAUUAUCAGCAGCUGUUGCAAGGCCGAUCAAACAGGCCUCGCGACCGUAACUCGGUUGCGCUUGACCAAAUCAACCUGACAGUCAGCAAUCGAUCCCAGAUCAACGACUGGAGACGAUCUCGAAGACUUAUGGCGUACUCGACCGUCGGAACUCCUGACUACAUUGCUCCUGAGAUUUUCACUGGCCACGGCUACACCUUCGACUGUGAUUGGUGGUCACUCGGCACGAUCAUGUUCGAGUGUCUGGUCGGCUGGCCUCCUUUCUGCGCUGAAGACAGCCAUGACACCUAUCGCAAGAUUGUCAACUGGAGACAAACUCUGUACUUUCCAGAUGAUAUCACACUGGGUACCGAUGCGGAGCAUCUUAUCCGAAGCAUGGUCUGUAACACAGAGAACCGUCUCGGCCGUGGCGGUGCCCACGAAAUCAAGGGUCAUGCUUUCUUCCGCGGUGUUGAGUUUGAUAGCCUGCGCCGUAUCCGCGCACCCUUCGAGCCUCGCUUGACCUCCAACAUCGACACGACUUAUUUCCCUACUGAUGAAAUUGAUCAGACCGAUAACGCCACUGUCCUCAAGGCACAGGCUAUCCAGCAAGGCCACAAGGUUGAGGAGUCUCCAGAGAUGAGCUUGCCAUUCAUCGGCUACACAUUCAAGCGAUUUGAUAACAACUUCCGAUAA